AUGAUUUCAAACGAACAGCCAAAAAAACGAGUGUCCCGAUGGGACUCUAAAGUAAAAGUAUCUGGUCAAACCACAGCAUCAUCAUCAUCGUCUGUGGAUGAUCAGGAAGAAUUUACAAAGAAACAUAAACUAUACAAUGAAGAAAUAACAACGGAAUCUGGUAGUAAACAAAUCAUCAACAUACCCGAAGAACCACCCAAGAAAAUGACAAAAUCAGCAUGGGAAGCCGAUGACGAUGAGGUCGAAGAUGUAGACUCUUUUGUGAGGAAAAGUGGCUAUGGUACUUCACCGGCCUAUGCUAGCACCGACAUGUCUUCGGAUGAAGAGUUUUCGGGUGUGCCUUCUUCAACUACAUCAUCACGAAGACUUCCACCAAGCAACAAAAGAGGAGAACGUUGGGAAAAUUCUUCAUCAAGCCUUCCAAUUUCGGCUCAAGCUUCAUCAUCAGCGGUAGAUGCUACACCUGUCUAUGGUACAAGCAAAUGGGAUCAAAAUGCAAUGAAGACGCCUGUUUAUGGUGCAGCAAGCUCAUCCACCAUUGCAGCAACACCAUUAUUAACUCCAAGAAAUUCCUCAUUCAGAGGAUCAGCUGCUGUAGUUUCUACACCACUCGGAAAUAUGACACCCCAAGAAUAUUCACAACUCAAAAUUGAACAAGAGAUUGAUGCAAGGAACAAACCUUUAAGUGACGAGGAAUUGGAUGCCAUGCUUCCUUCGGAGGGAUUUGAAAUUUUAAAACCACCUUCAGAUUAUGUACCAAAGCGAAGAAAUCGAACAACCUCCUUUACAGCAGGGGGCACUGAAAUGGUCACACCUUUGAGUGGAUCAGCCACUCCCUACUAUAGCAUUCCUGACGAAAUUACUGCUUCUACUUAUGGAUUACCAAUAGGGACACUUGGGGCAGACAUGCCAGAAAUGAAAGCUGAUGAUUAUCAAUAUUUUGCAAAAUUACUGGAAGAGAAAGACGAAAACGAAAUGAGUGACGAAGAAAAAAUUGAACGAAAAAUUCUCAGACUAUUGCUUAAAAUCAAAAACGGAACGCCUCAAAUGAGAAAGCAAGCCAUGAAAUUUAUAACCGAACAUGCUCGAGAGCUUGGCGCCGGUCCUUUGUUUGACCAAAUUUUACCUCUCAUGAUGUCAACAACUUUGGAAGAGCAAGAGCGACAUUUACUCGUUAAAUUAAUUGACAGAAUUUUGUACAAAUUAGAUGACUUGGUGCGACCUUAUGUCCACAAAAUUUUACUAGUCACACAGCCCAUGUUAAUCGACGAAGACUAUUUUACAAGAAUUGAAGGACGAGAAAUUAUUGCGAAUUUGGCAAAGGCAGCUGGUUUGGCUGCAAUGAUUGCUGCCAUGAGACCAGAUAUUGACCAUGCUGAAGAAUACGUUAGAAACACAACAAGUAGGGCUUUUGCCGUAGUAGCAAGCGCUCUUGGUGUGCAAAAUCUCUUACCCUUUUUGAAGGCUGUUUGUAGAUACAAAAAGACAUGGGAAGCUAGACAUACAGGAAUUAGAAUUGUUCAACAAAUUGCCGUUUUAUUGGGAUGUGGAGUUCUACCCUAUUUGACAGAUCUUGUUGAAAUUAUUAAGGACGGUUUUAAUGACAGCGAGUUUAAGGUGAGGACAAUUACAGGGUUAGCAGUUGCUGCCUUGGCACAAUCAUCUGCUCCUUUUGGUAUUGAAUCGUUCGAUUGCGUUUUGAAGCCUCUCUGGAAAGGUCUAAGUACAAGCAAGGGAAAAAUGUUGGCUGCCUACAUCAAAGCAGUUGGAUACAUUAUUCCAUUAAUGGACCCUGUACAAGCUAAGAAAUAUACCAAUGCAGUUAUUGAACACAUAGUACGACAGUAUGACACGCAAGAAGAGGAAAUGAAAAGAAUUGUCCUUAAAGCUAUUGCUCAAUGUGUGGCUACGGAAGGAAUCGACGCUGCAUUUGUGAAACAAAAUAUCAUACCUAAAUUUUUCUCAAGCUUUUGGGAUAGAAGCAUGGUGAAUGAUCGAAGAAAUUACAACCAACUCGUAGAGACUACGGUAGCAUUGGCACAUAACGUUGGGUGCGCUCUUGUUGUCGGCGAGUUAAUCACCCAUCUUAAGGACGAAAACGAACCAUUCCGACAUAUGACUCUUGAAACUAUUAUGAAAAUCACAGAAGCGCUAGGCACAACAGAUAUUGGUGAACGAUUGGAAUUAGAACUUUUAGAAGAAUGUCUCUUGUUCUGUAUAGUGCAAGAUCAAAGCAACCCAGCAACAGAUAAGAAGAAUUAUUAUUUGAUCAUUAAUGCUGUUUCUUCGAUUCUUAAAGCAUUUGGUAUUAGAGCAAAGAAAUAUCUUCCAAAGCUAACAGGUACUAUAUUGCAUCGAUUGACCAACAAAUCUGAGAAGGUUCGGCAACAAUCGGCAGAUCUACUCACAGAAAUUAUUCCAAUUGUGAAGCAGUGUAACGAAGAAACACGUCUCACUCACUUUAAGAUGAUUCUUUAUGAAUUCUUGCGAGAUGAGGAGUAUCCUGAAGUUUUAGGUUCUGUUUUGGCAUCCAUGAAUGCUCUCAUUCAAGCAUUAGGAGAGGGAGAUGAGACAAAGCCUUCACUAGAUGAAAUCUUGACACGGUGCACUCCAAUUCUAAAGAACAGAAAUGAAAAGGUUGAAGAAAGCCUCAUUAAUUUAAUUGGUACCAUUGCACAAAUUGCAGCUAAUAGAAUUUCAAGCAAGGAGUGGCUAAGAAUUUGUUUCGAUUUACUAGAAGUGCUAAGAGCUCACAAGAAAUCAAUUAGAAGAGCAGCAAUCAAGACAUUUGGUUAUAUUGCGAAGGAAAUUGGACCUUCUGACGUGCUUGUCACACUUUUAAACAAUUUAAAGGUACAGGAACGACAGAACAGAGUAUGCACUACAAUCGCAAUUGCCAUUGUGGCAGAAAUAUGUGGUCCAUUCACCGUUCUUCCAGCUCUCAUGAACGAAUAUAGAGUGCCAGAACUCAAUGUUAGAACUGGUGUCCUCAAAUCUCUUGCCUUCCUAUUCGAAUACAUUGGAGACCUUUCUACUGAUUAUAUUUAUGCCGUCACUCCUUUGAUUGAAGACGCCUUAAUGGACCGAGAUUUAGUGCACAGACAAACAGCAUGCUCAGCUGUUAAACAUAUUGCUCUGGGAGUACAUGGUCGUGGAAAAGAAGACAUUCUGCUUCACCUUUUGAACUAUGUAUGGCCAAACAUUUUCGAAACCUCUGCACACGUUAUCAAUGCAGUCAUGGAAGCUAUUGAAGCGCUUCGCGUCACUCUUGGGCCAUGUGUUAUUUUACAAUAUUUAUUACAAGGUCUAUUUAACCCUGCAAGGAAAGUCCGAAAUGUUUUUUGGAAAAUUUAUAACAAUGUUUACAUUGGCCACCAAGAUGCCAUGGUUCCUUUUUAUCCAAAAAUUAUGAACGACGAUAAGAAUCAUUAUGAACGAACGGAAUUAGAUUGGUUUAUUUAA